AGACUGACGAUGGCUGAAGCCCAGCUGUUUGUAUCUCAGGACGAGUUCACCUGCUCGGUGUGUCUGGACACCCUGACUGACCCCGUCACCAUCACCUGUGGACAUAAUUUCUGUCUGAAGUGCCUCACAAACUACUGGGAUCACAGCCAAGAGAACAGAUGCCCUCAGUGCAGAGAAAAGUUCACCACGAGGCCUGCUUUGCAAAGAAAUAAUCUACUGAAUGAAGUCAUCAAAAAAUUAAAGAAGACGACACUCAGUUCUCCUCCAUCUCAGAAUUAUGCCAGCCCUGGAGACGUGGAGUGUGACUUCUGUACUGGUAAGAAGUUCAGAGCGGUGAAGUCCUGUCUCACGUGCAUGGCCUCCUACUGGACAUAA